CUGUAUAUGAGCGGUCUGUCACAUUCUUGUCUAUCAUUCUGCACCCCUCCUCGCAUCAUGAUGACAAUUUAACUCCCAUCAAAAAUCACAUCAUAGGCAUUUUUUGUACUUUUCAUUUUGAAAAGUGUUAAAUCAAACACACCUCGAUGCACCUGAGGAGGUGAAGGAGCUCGCCUUCUCUGCGCUUAUCCUCCAGGUUCCUCCGAUGCAACUGACCCGGGAAGAGGACUCUGUCAGGGGGGACUCAGCGCCGCCGACAUCUCGCAGGUCUUCGGGCAAAAUGUGCAGCGAGUGCUACGAGAAUCAAACGUUUAUUAAUGACGAUGGCAGCGUGAACGACCGCAAGACACGCGCUUGCAAGGGACCACGCCACACCAUCAGCAGCACCGGCGGGGUGAUCUUGGACAUCUCCAGGUUGAAGAUGGAGCAGCUGGAGAGUGAGGUGCCACCGUUGCCGCCUCGCUUCCGCUUCCGAGACCUGCUGCUCGGGGACCAGAGCUUCCAGAACGACAGGGUGCAAGUUGAGUUUUACGUGAACGAGAACACCUUCAAGGAGCGUCUGAAGCUGUUCUUCAUCAAAAAUCAACGCUCAAGCCUCAGAAUCCGUGUGUUCAACUUCUCCCUGAAGCUGCUCACCUGUCUGCUCUACAUCAUCCGAGUGGUGACAGACAACCCAGGUCAGAGCGCGAGCGCUACCCACAGCCCGAGCCAACCGAACACUGCCGGCGGCAACACCAAGUGCAUGGACUGCCCCUGGAAUGGAUCAGUGCAAGACCGAGACAUUAACUGGGAGUUGAUCUUUUGGGUGGAUAGGAAGGUUCCUGUCUGGGCCAUUCAAGUGACAGUGGCCAUCAUCAGCUUCCUGGAGACGAUGCUGCUGAUGUAUCUGAGCUACAAGGGGAACAUUUGGGAGCAGAUAUUCCAAGUUUCUUUUCUUCUGGAGAUGAUCAACACGGUUCCUUUCAUCAUCACGAUCUUCUGGCCAUCCAUAAGGAACAUCUUCAUCCCCGUCUUUCUCAACUGCUGGCUUGCCAAAUGCGCUCUGGAAAACAUGAUUAAUGAUGUCCACAGAGCAAUCCAGAGGACCAACUCAGCCAUGUUCAACCAGGUUCUCAUCCUCAUCUGCACUCUGCUCUGCUUGGUCUUCACUGGCACGUGUGGAAUCCAGCACCUGGAGCGCGCAGGGAAAAACCUCUCCCUGUUCAACUCCUUCUACUUCUGCAUCGUCACCUUUUCCACGGUAGGGUUCGGUGACGUCACCCCCCGAAUUUGGCCGUCACAGCUCCUGGUGGUCAUCAUGAUCUGCGUGGCCCUGGUGGUGCUGCCACUGCAAUUUGAGGAGUUGAUGUACCUGUGGAUGGAGAGCCAGAAGUCUGGGGGGAAUUACAGCCGCCACCGCGCGCAGACGGAGAAACACGUGGUACUGUGUGUCAGUGCACUUAAAAUCGACCUGCUCAUGGACUUCCUCAAUGAGUUCUACGCCCACCCCAGACUCCAGGAUUACUACGUGGUGAUACUGUGUCCGAGUGAAAUGGACCUGCAGGUGCGGAGAGUACUUCAGAUCCCUCUGUGGUCGCAAAGAGUCAUCUAUCUGCAGGGGUCGGUUCUCAAAGACCAGGACCUGCUCAGAGCCAAGAUGGACGACGCCGAGGCCUGUUUCAUCCUUAGCAGCCGUAACGAGGUGGAUCGCAUGGCAGCGGACCAUCAGACCAUCCUGAGAGCCUGGGCAGUCAAGGACUUUGCUCCAAACUGUCCACUAUAUGUUCAGAUCCUCAAGCCUGAAAACAAGUUCCAUGUCAAAUUUGCAGACCAUGUCGUGUGUGAGGAGGAGUUCAAGUAUGCCAUGUUGGCUCUUAACUGUGUGUGUCCCGCCACCUCCACUUUGGUCACGCUUCUCGUGCACACCUCCAGUGGACGGGAAGGACAGCAGUCUCCGGAGCAGUGGCAGAGAAUGUACGGCUGUUGCUCCGGCAACGAGGUCUACCACAUCAGGCUGAGCGACAGCAAGUUUUUCGGGGCGUACAGCGGCAAAAGCUUCACCUACGCUUCUUUCCACGCUCACAAAAAAUAUGGAGUGUGUUUGAUCGGCAUAAGGAGGGAGGAGAACAAGAGCAUCCUUUUAAACCCCGGCCCUCACCACAUCAUGGCUGCCACAGACACCUGCUACUACAUCAACAUUACAAAGGAGGAAAACUCAGCCUUCAUCUUCAACCAGGAGGAACGGAAGGGACGUGCUGGUGUGGGACUCUAUGACGGACCCUCGCAGCUUCCCGUGCACAGCAUCAUUGCCAGCAUGGGCACCGUUGCGAUGGAUCUUCAGAACUCCAGUCCGCCUCACAUCUCGGGCGCUAAGCUGGUACCGCCCGCGCUCAACGGAAUGGGCAGUCGCCGGCCGAGCAUCGCUCCGGUUCAGGAGAUCGCCGACUCUUCCUCAAUCCUGCCAUGUGACCUCCUUGGCGACCAAUCAGAAGACGACUCUGUCUUCACCGAUGAGAGAGAGCAUUCGUCCACUGAGUAUGUGAAAGGUUACCCCCCUAACUCUCCUUACAUCGGAAGCUCGCCCACCUUGUGCCAUCUGCUGGCUGAGAAAGCCUCAUUUUGCUGCCUACGUCUAGACCAGGGUUGCAGCCACAACAGUUCAGAAGACGCCAAGGCUUAUGGUUUCAAAAAUAAGCUUAUCAUCGUGUCGGCUGAGACAGCAGGGAAUGGUCUCUAUAACUUCAUAGUGCCUCUCAGAGCGUAUUACAGACCCAGGAAAGAACUCAACCCGAUCGUGUUACUGCUGGACAACCUGCCAGAUAAUCACUUUCUAGAAGCCAUCUGUUGCUUUCCUAUGGUCUACUAUAUGGCGGGCGCCAUAGACAAUCUUGACAGCCUGCUUCAGUGUGGCAUUAUAUACGCCGACAACUUGGUCGUCGUGGACAAAGAGAGUACAAUGAGCGCAGAGGAGGACUACAUGGCCGACGCCAAAACUAUUGUUAACGUGCAGACAAUGUUUCGGUUGUUCCCCAGCCUCAGCAUCAUCACGGAGCUCACACAUCCAUCCAACAUGAGGUUCAUGCAGUUCAGGGCAAAGGACUGCUACUCUCUGGCUCUAUCCAAGCUGGAAAAGAAAGAGCGCGACAAAGGCUCCAACUUGGCCUUCAUGUUCCGCCUCCCCUUCGCCGCAGGCCGAGUGUUCAGCAUCAGCAUGCUCGACACGCUGCUCUACCAGUCUUUUGUGAAGGACUACAUGAUCCUCAUAGCAAGGUUGCUGCUGGGACUGGACACCACUCCUGGAUCAGGAUACCUCUGUGCUAUGAAAGUAACUGAGGGAGACCUGUGGAUUGGUACUUAUGGAAGACUCUUCCAGAAACUGUGCUCAUCCAGUGCAGAAAUUCCAAUUGGGAUCUACCGGACCGAGUCACACAUUUUCUCCACUUCUGAGUUUCAGGCAUCCGUCGAAGAGUGCAAGGACACAAGAGACAGAAGUCAAGAGCCCCAGCGCCCCAAUGACCAGUCAGACCGCCCUCUGCUUAGGAAGAAGAGCAUGCAGUGGGCACGUCGUCUGAGUAAAAGAAGCACGCGGUGGCAGGGGACAAGCCGGGACUCCACUAAGGACCAUGCCCAGCGCAUCGCCCAACAGCGCCUGAGCCUCUACCGACGCUCUGAAAGGGAGGAGCUUUCUGAGCUGGUGCGCAACCGCAUGAGGCAUCUGGGUCUUCCCACCUCAGGAUAUGAGGACUGGAACAAUCUGACAGCCUGUGAUGUCAUGAACAGAGUCAAUCUGGGAUACCUGCAAGAUGAGCAGAACGAUCACCAAAACACUCUGUCCUAUGUCCUGAUCAACCCUUCACCUGACACCCGCCUAGAGCUCAAUGAUGUUGUGUACUUGAUACGCUCUGACCCUCUGGCUCAUGUCCCCGAGGAGCCUCCGAUCCACAGCAGUAGUCUGAAAGAGAGGCACGAGUCCAGCUUUGAGACCAGGGAAGACACUCAACUCUGAUCACUUGGCCUUACCUGGAGGCCUUCUCACGCCAGGGCAGGUUUAGACCGCUACAGGACCAGCACUGCAGUCUUUUACUGUCAUCUGAGUAGCUCCUUUUUGGCAGGUGGCCUUUGACAGCAUCACGACGAAAAAGACAGCGGCAUUAAGGUUGAAUUAUCGGUUUUGUUACAGCUUAGAGAUCCCUCAGGUAAAGUACAAACUGAACAUCAAGCUCAGUAGCUACACUUUAAAGACAAAAGUAUUUGGCCAUGUGAACGCUGCACUGACAGGACGUGGAAAAGGAAGAAAAUAUAGCUGGUCCCUUCUGUGUUUCCACAAAGUUGGAAAUAUAUAAUUGUCCUGAAGGUCUUGGUAAGGUGAAGAAUUAAGAGUCAAGGAGAAAUAAGGGGUCUAGUUUCUUGAUUAAGAAAUGUGUUGAAAUGCUUUUCCCUAUACAGUCAUCCCUCAUUUAUCGUGGUUAAUUGGUCCAGACUCGACUGUGAUAGAUGAAUUUCCGCAAAGUAGGACCCCUUAUUUAGAAAUCUAAUACAGUAUUUUCAUAGUUAGAGCAUAGAAAUCCUAUUUACAAAAUGCAUUACUAGAUCCCUCUAGAGAUGAAAUAACACCCCUACAAUCACCUUUACACUUGUAUUACCCGAUAUAGUAGACAUACAGAAAAUAAGACAUACAUAAGACAUAAUAUAAAUUCUCACACUCACACAUAUCCAUAGCCCAUGAUUUGUUUCAUUUGAUACGCUUACUACACUCUGAUAUAGUGACAAUACUUACCUACAUGUACAGUACAUUAUAAUUACACAUAACCACUAACCUGCAACUUGUUCGACGAUGACGAUGAUGCUAUGUUAGACACGCGUCAGUGUUGCCAGGCCUCGCAAGAGAAACAAGCGACUAGCUCUCUGAAAACAUGCCCAAAACAACAUGGGACUUGGUAAUUUGCAAGUGACUUUACAACAAAAGUCGCUUAUAAUAAUCGGACAUGGCAACACCGGUAUGCGUACCCAUGCCUUUUGUCUCUGAAUGCGUGAGUACAGUAUGCCUUCUGAAUGCCUUAUAUUUGUAUUUUAAUUGAUUUAGCCAUUUGUAUGUUUGAAAAUGCUUAAUUUAGGCCACAAACGUAAAAUUUGUUUAAAUAUGCAUAUUUUUUACUAAUAGGCCAUAGUCAACCGUGAAACAGCAAGGAACUGCAAUAAGAUUUUUAAUGAAUAUGUUUGGGGAAAGGGCCGAGUAAAGUGGUUAGCAUGUUGGCCUCACAGUCAGGAGAUCGGAAAUCAGAGAUCGGGUUCGAAUCUCAUUUCUGUGUGGAGUUUGCAUGUUCUCCCCGUGUGUGCGUGGAUUUUCCUCCCACAUUCCAAAAACAUGCAUGUUAGGUUAAUUGGUGACUCUAAAUUGUCCAUAGAUAUGAAUGUGAAUGUGUGAAUGGUUGUUUGUCUAUAUGUGCCCUGCGAUUGGCUGGCGACCAGUCCGGGGUGUACCCCGCCUGUUGCCCCAAGUCAGCCAAGAUAGGCUGCAGCAUACCCCGCCAUCCUAAUGAGGACAAGCGGCAUAGAAAAUAGAUGGAUGGAUGUUUGGGGAAAAAAAGCACGAUAGAGUGAAGCCGUGAAAGUCAAAGCGUGAAGUGCCGAGAGACAACUGUUGUGCAUUCAUCGCCGGUUUCUAUCCAUCUUUAAUUGAUUAAAGCUGGACUGACUGUAUGUUUUGUAAACUCUAUAUUCAAUUUAAGCUUUCCUUGAGUAUUUAUUACAAAAAACUUUGCAACAAGUUUAAAAAAGUUCCGAUUUAAAAGCGUAUUUUUGUAGCUGGGCAUUAGCAGUAGUUGUCCUCUUUAGGUUUUAAUUUGUAGGAGUAACAAUGAUCAUUAUGUAUCGAUGUUUGUACUCAACUCAACUGACUUUUAAACAGGGGGCUCUGUGCAAUACUGAGCCACUGACGAUGUAUUUGAUUUCAUCUGUUAGUUAUUAUCUUUAUACUCUGUUCAAUUUGUUGAUACGAUUUCUGAAAUAUUGUAUAUUUGGAUGUUCAAAAUGUUUUUACUUCACAUAAAGUAUGUACAUUUACUUUUUGACCCAUACAUAAAAUACACAGUUGCAUCUCAAUAAAUUAAUCAAUAUAAAA